AUGAUCACAGUCAACCCCGAUGGGAAGAUAAUGGUCAGAAGAUGCCUGGUCACCCUGAGACCCUUUCGGCUUUUUGUCCUGGGCAUCGGCUUCUUCACUCUCUGCUUCCUGAUGACGUCUUUGGGGGGCCAGUUCUCUGCCCGGCGCCUGGGGGACUCGCCCUUCACCAUCCGCACAGAAGUGCCAGGUGGCUCCGAAUCCCGUGGCGCCCUCCGCAAGAUGAGUGACCUGCUGGAGCUGAUGGUGAAGCGGAUGGACAUGCUGGCCAGGCUGGAGAACAGCAGCGAGCUGCACCGCACUGCCAGUGUGGCACACUUAGCUGAAGACAGGCUCACCCCUGGGGCUGGCCUCAUUGAGAGGAUCCAGGCCAUUGCCCAGAAUGUGUCUGACAUCGCUGUGAAGGUGGACCAGAUCCUGCGCCACAGCCUGAUUCUGCACAGCAAGGUAUCUGAAGGUCGGAGGGACCAGUGUGAAGCACCCAGUGACCCCAAGUUUCCUGACUGCUCAGGGAAAGUGGAGUGGAUGCGUGCUCGCUGGACCUCAGACCCCUGCUAUGCCUUCUUUGGAGUGGAUGGCACUGAAUGCUCCUUCCUCAUCUACCUCAGUGAGGUUGAGUGGUUCUGCCCCCUGCUGCCCUGGAGGAACCAGACAGCUUCCAGGAGAGCCCCCAAGGCCCUUCCCAAAGUCCAGGCAGUGUUCCGGAGCAAUCUGUCACACCUCCUGGAGCUGAUGGGCAGUGGGAAAGAGUCCCUCAUCUUCAUGAAGAAGCGAACCAGGCGGUUCACUGCCCAGUGGACCAAGGCUGCCAAGCACCUGGCACAGAAGCUGGGGGACACCCGGAGGGACCAGAAACAGAUCCUUGUCCAUAUCGGCUUCCUGACAGAGGAAUCUGGGGACGUGUUCAGCCCGCGGGUGCUGAAGGGUGGGCCUCUGGGGGAGAUGGUGCAGUGGGCCGACAUUCUGGCCGCUCUCUAUGUGCUGGGCCACAGUCUGCGGAUCACAGUCUCCCUGAAGGAGCUGCAGAGUAACUUAGGCGUGCCGCCAGGCCGGGGGAACUGCCCACUCACCGUACCUCUGCCCUUUGACCUCAUCUACACGGACUAUCAUGGCCUUCAGCAGAUGAAACAGCACAUGGGCCUGUCCUUCAAGAAGUACCGGUGCAGAAUUCGUGUCAUCGAUACUUUUGGGACCGAGCCAGCAUACAACCACGAGGAGUAUGCCACACUACACGGCUACCGGACCAACUGGGGUUACUGGAACCUUAACCCCAAGCAGUUCAUGACCAUGUUCCCUCACACCCCAGACAACUCCUUCAUGGGCUUCGUGUCCGAGGAGCUCAAUGAGACCGAGAAGCAGCUCAUCAAAGACAGCAAGGCCAGCAACAUGGCGGUGGUGUAUGGCAAGGAGGCGAGUAUCUGGAAGCUCCAGGGCAAGGAGAAGUUCCUGGCCAUCCUGAACAAGUACAUGGAGAUCCAUGGCACCGUGUACUAUGAGAGCCAGCGGCCCCCCGAGGUCCCUGCCUUUGUGAAGAACCAUGGCCUCCUGCCACAGCCUGAGUUCCAGCAGCUGCUGCGUAAGGCCAAGCUCUUUAUAGGGUUCGGAUUCCCCUACGAGGGCCCGGCUCCCCUGGAGGCCAUCGCCAACGGCUGCAUCUUCCUUCAGUCUCGCUUCAGCCCGCCCCACAGCUCCCUCAACCACGAAUUCUUCCGGGGCAAGCCCACCUCCAGGGAGGUGUUCUCCCAGCAUCCCUACGCAGAGAACUUCAUCGGCAAGCCUCACGUGUGGACUGUCGACUAUAACAACUCGGAGGAGUUUGAAGCGGCUGUCAAGGCCAUCGUGAACACCCAGGUAGACCCUUAUCUGCCCUAUGAAUAUACGUGUACAGGGAUGCUGGAACGGAUCCAUGCCUACAUCCAACACCAGGACUUCUGUGCGGGUCCAAGCCCGGUUCCACCCAGAGCCCACACCUCCCAGAGUCCCUUUGUCUUAGCUCCUAACGCCACUCAUCUCGAGUGGGCCCAGAAUAUCAGCUCAGUUGCAGGAGCCUGGCCCCCUACCCACUCUCUACGGGCCUGGCUGGCGGCCCCUGGGAGGGCCUGCACGGACGCCUGCCUGGACCAUGGGCUGGUCUGCGAGCCUUCGUUCUUCCCCUAUCUCAACAGCCAAGAUGCAUUCCUCAAGCUGCAGGUGCCCUGUGACAGCACAGAGUGGGAGAUGCAUCACUUGUACCCCGCCUUUGCCCAACCCGGCCAAGAGUGCUACCUACAGAAAGAGCCGUUGCUCUUCAGCUGUGCCGGCGCCAGCACCAAGUACCAGAGGCUCUGCCCGUGCCGUGACUUCCUCAAGGGCCAGGUGGCCUUGUGCCAAGGCUGCCUGUGA